UCGCCCUCCCCGAGUCCCUCAUCCACGCCAGCUGCCUGACCUAGGGUCAUCGAGCGCUUCACGGAGUGAGUGGCCCUUGGGCGCUCGGGGUAUUGUUCGACGGCCAAGAACGGGGCAAGAAGAAGCUACCCAUCUUCUUCACAUAUCUCAUGAUACAUGCUAUCUACUAUAACAGCACAGCGAGCCAUGUCGUCUCUCGCCUCGAUGCUCAACAUCGCUCCUCAGCCUGCCUAGCCCGACUGCCUGUGCUUCUCAGCCCUACAUCACAAAGCAACCAUGUCCGCCAACAAUCCCGUGUCCAUCCGCGCGCCCAACCCGCCCGUCGAGGACAGUGUCUUCAAGUCCCUGCGUCUCGACGGCCGCACCGUGAUCAUCACAGGCGGCUGCGGUGGCAUCGGCUACGAGAUUGCACGCGGUCUCGCCGAGGCGGGCGCCAACCUCGCGCUGUGGUACUACUCGUCCCAGCAGUCGACCACGCUCGCCGCCAAGAUCACAGCCGACUUUGGCGUCAAGGUGGAGACAUACCAGGUCGACAUCCGCGACCACCAAGCCGUCGAGGCCGCCGUCGCGCGCGUCGUGGCCGACUUUGGCCGUCUGGACGUCCUGAUCGCCAACGCAGGCGUGCCGACCAAGGCGGGGGGUCUCGACGACCGCGUCGAGGACUGGGACCGCGUGCGGGCCAUCGACUUUGACGGGACGUACUACUGCCUCCGGGCGGCGGGUCGCGUCUUCCGCGCGCAGGGCCGGGGCGUGGCGGUGGUGACGGCGAGCAUGAGCGGGCACGCGGCCAACGUGCCGCAGGAGCAGAGCUGCUACAACGCGUGCAAGGCCGGGUGCAUCCACCUGGCGCGGUCGCUGGCGGUGGAGUGGGCGAAAUGGGGCGGGCGCAUCAACUCGGUCAGCCCGGGCUACGUGGACACGGCCAUCUCGGGGGAUUGCCCGUGUGCGAUGAAGGAGGAAUGGUUUGCGCUGACGCCCCUGCGCCGGGACGCGGACCCGAGGGAGCUCAAGGGUGUGUAUCUGUACCUGGCGAGCGAUGCGUCUAGCUACACGACGGGGGCGGACUUUGUGGUGGACGGGGGGUACACGGCGAGGUAGACUGCAGAGCAAGAGAUGAACAUGAAGAUGGCUCAGUGCGAGUAAUGUGCAUUGAUUGUACGUAGCUUCGUCCAUUGAAGGCUACGUGGCAAAUACCUGCAUACUAGUAUUACAAACGAGGUAAGGACGCAGUUAGACCUUCUCAUGGUGACUGGCCGGCGCCACCUCCUCCAGCUUGCCGUCCUGGGCCGCCCUGACCCUCUCGUCGUGCUCGGCAUCCUCGCCGUCAAAGACGCGGGCAAUCUCCUCGAGGCUGUAGCCCUUUGUCUCGGGGAAGAGAAAGUAGGUGACGGCGAAGAAGACGACGAGAAGGACGCAAAAGACAAUGUAGUACCGCCAGCCAAUAUUGUCCAUGCCAAUGGGGUUGGCAAAGGCGGCGAUGAUGAGGGAGCCGUAGAUGGCAAAGAGCUCGACGGCGAUGCCCUUGGAGCGGAGGGAGUAGGGGAAGAUUUCGGUGGGAUAGCCAAAGAGGAGU